CAGAUUCUGGUCAUAGAAUAGAAAACAAAUCUGGUUUUUUGUUCUAUUCUCUUUGCAGAAAAUGUUCUUCAUGUUAAAUGUUCUUCUUGCCAUUUUCUUUUUUACAAUUUAAUUGGUUAAUUAUUGUUUCUUUUUCUUUUUCUUUUUCUUUGUGAAUCUUAAUUACUCUUUGGUCAACAAUUAACAAAUUGAUUCAAGUUCUUUUCUUUCCAUUGGAUCUUAUUAGUUACUCUUUUCAACCAAUUGAGACCAUUUGGUUUUACUGUUUUCUCCUCACCAUAUGAUUGAAUUUUUCUUAUUUAUCUUUUUGGUUUAAUUAUCUUUUCUCUUUGGGUUUUGGUUUUCUGGUUUUCUUUUAUUUUGUCUUUUUUUUCUGGUUAAAUUGAUUCUUCUUUAACUUUGUGUGUUCUUAAUCUUCUUCUCGAUAUGAGUUCUUCCGGAAAAAAUGUUGACAGUGAAAAUGGUGACUUGAAACCUCCGAUUAAAGGUAAUUCUGGUUGGCCUAAGAAUUGCCCACAAAUCAAGGAAGAGGUUACACUUAAUAAGUAUCUUCUUGAUGCUAAUCGGACAAUUAAUUUAUAUUCUUUGGAUAGUUAUUCUUUUGGUACUAAAAAUGCUCUUUAUGAGAAAGAUGCUUCCAUUAUGGCUCGAUUUAAUCGGAUGAAGGAAGAAUUUGCUGUCUAUGGGAUGAGACGGUCAGUUGAUGCGGUUCUUUUGGUCCAUCAACAUAAAAUACCUCAUGUUUUACUCUUACAAUUGGGAACAACCUUCUUUAAAUUGCCCGGUGGUGAAUUAAAUCGAGAUGAGACUGAAGUUGGUGGACUGAAAAGAUUAUUAAAUGAAAUUUUAGGCCAUGAAGAGGAAGAAAAGGAAGAUCCAUUGGCGGCUAAUUGGAAAAUUGAAGAUGUUAUCGGUAAUUGGUGGAGGCCUAAUUUCGAUCCACCUCAAUAUCCAUAUAUUCCUGCUCAUAUAACCAAACCCAAGGAACAUAAAAGAUUAAUAUUAGUUCAAUUGCCCGAAGAGACUAAAUUUAUUGUUCCUCGUAAUUAUCGUUUAGUUGCUGCGCCAGUUUUUGAAUUAUUUGAUAAUGCUCAGGGCUAUGGGCACAUAAUUGCGAGUCUACCACAAGCUUUAAGCCGUUUUAAUUUCAACUACUUGUGAUACUCAUUUAAACUUAAGCAAUUGGAAA